UGUCAGUUGUGAAAAUUGCUGCAGCAGCUGCCGCUCCGCAGUAUAAAGUGUGAUAUUUGCUCUAUAUUUUCAAAAAAAAAGCUGAAGAAAUUGUUCAAAAUAUUAUAAAUAAUUUGUGAAAAUAUUAUUUUCCGCGUUAAAAGUGCUUGGGAUUGGGUAAAACGUCGGCAAGCAGGCUGCAGCGCAAUUCCAGCCUAAAAGUAUGCAACGUUGCUGCGACUGCGACAUAUGUUAAGUAGUAACAGCGCAGUUUUGCAUAACCCAAAGGGAUAGCUGUCCACCGGUGCACACGCACUCAACUUUCAACACUUGCCACUGGUUAGUGCGUUGCCAGCUGCUGGCCUCGCGUACCGCGUCAAUAUGCCCAGCACACGUCGCAUUAUACUCGGGCACGUUAUGUCCGGUUUAUGCUCCAAGAUGAACCGCACCAAGCCAGUGCCUGCGGAUGUCAUGGAGACGCCACUGAAGCGCUGUCUGAACACCUUCGACAUCACGCUGUUGGGCAUCGGUCACAUGGUUGGCGCCGGCAUUUAUGUGCUCACCGGCACCGUGGCGAAGGAUAUGGCCGGUCCCGGCAUAAUACUGUCCUUCAUCUUGGCCAGUUUCGUUUCACUGUUGGCUGCGCUGUGUUAUGCGGAGUUCGGCACGCGCGUACCCAAAGCGGGCUCCGCCUAUGUCUACACCUACAUCUCGAUUGGUGAGUUUUGGGCCUUUGUCAUCGGCUGGAAUAUACUAUUGGAGCAUAUGUUGGGCGCAGCUUCGGUGGCGCGUGCCUGGAGCGGCUAUGUGGACUCCAUGUUGGACGGUUGGAUUGGUAAUACGACGCUGGCCAUAACCGGUGAGCUGCACGAGCAAUUGUUUGCACGUUAUCCGGAUGUGCUGGCAUUUCUGGUGUGUCUGGUUUAUGCUGCUGCCUUGGGUAUCGGCGUUAAGGCCACGGCCGUUUUCAAUAGCUUGUUGACUACUGUGAAUAUUGCCGUUAUGAUUUUGGUGAUCGGUGUGGGUUUCUGAUAUGCAGAUACCAAGAACUGGUCGGAGGCGGAGGGUGGUUUUCUGCCAUACGGCGUUGGUGGUGUUAUUGCUGGUGCGGCCACUUGUUUCUAUGCCUUUGUGGGUUUCGACUCGAUAGCCACGUCGUCGGAGGAGGCCAAGAACCCGUCUGUAUCCAUACCUAUAGCCACAUUACUGUCGCUCAGCGCUGUGACAGUCGGUUACAUAUUGGUGUCCGCGGCGCUUACGCUUAUGAUACCGAUACGUGAAAUCAACCCGGCUGCUUCGCUGCCCGAAGCUUUUGGACAAAUGAAUCUCUAUUGGGCCAAGUAUGUGAUCUCGAUUGGCGCGCUCUGCGGCAUGACGACCACACUGUUGGGUUCGUUAUUCGCUUUGCCACGUUGCAUGUACGCUAUGGCCACGGAUGGCUUGCUCUUCAGCUGCUUUGGACGCAUCAAUACCACCACGCAAGUGCCCGUGCUCAAUCUGGUGGUUUCCGGCUUUCUAAGCGCCAUACUAGCGCUGCUUUUCGAUUUGGAGAAGCUCGUGGAGUUCAUGUCGAUUGGCACGCUACUUGCCUACACCAUCGUCUCCGCCAGCGUUAUUAUACUGCGUUAUCGUCCGCUGGCCAGCCAGGAGCAUGCCAUCUACGCGCCCGACACACCCGACGAGGAUGAUGAGGACAACACCUCACAGUCCAGCAUCGAUACCGCCUCACCUACGAGUGACCUGAUCGAGUGCGCGCUCGCCGGACGCCUCAAACCACAAUUCCGUUGGCUCGAGCCACUGCUCGGCCGCUUCGAACCCGGCGCAGCAGUAUCCGCUGCCGUGCUACUCUUUGCCGUGCUUAGCUUUGCGAUUUGCUUCCAGCUCGAGGUAUCCUGGUCGGAACUGUACACCGGUACUUGGUGGGCGCUCCUCCUAUACGGUUUUAUGAUAUUCAUAGCAGGCGCUUGCGUUGCCGUCAUUGCGGUACAUCAUCAGAACACGCGCGGUCUGAACUUCAAAGUGCCGCUGGUGCCCUUCGUGCCGGCGCUAAGCAUCUUCUGCAACAUUGUGCUGAUGGUGCAUUUGAGCGCGCUCACCUGGCUGCGUUUCUUCAUCUGGGUCGCGGUCGGCAUGCUGAUCUACUUCCUUUAUGGCAUACAUCACAGCAAGGAGGGUGAGGUGUGCUCUUCCUAUUCCAUGUUAAUGACCUCAACGGAGGCGGGCAAGUCGCAUUGGGGCUCCACGGGCGGCGGUUUCACCAUCAGCUUGAGCGGCAGUGGCGGCGCCGGCGUAAUUAAGCGUACGGUGCUGCAGCGUUUCAUUGGCAGAAAAAUGGACGACAAGAAGCCGAUUGUGGAGGAGGAGGAUGUGGAUGAAGUGGACGACGAGGGUCAUACGUAAGCAACAGGCGGUAGAAGAAGUGCCAAGCAACAAGUAACUUGUAUGAUUUUUCAUUUUACUUUUACGAUGAAAUUUGGGUUUCGAGAUUUACUUUAAAGCAUUUAAUGUGGCGCACAAGUAUUUUAUUAUUAUUUUGUAUUUUUUUUUAGUAAAGACGUGUUUAGAAUUUUUUAAAUGUGUCAGCAACUUUUUCUGUUUUGUUUUUGUUUUUUUCGAUUGAGGGAGCGCCAAAUCAAAAGCGUUAAGUAUGACUUUCUUUGUUGCUUACUCAAGCGCCAGGCAGCGCUCAAUUGCCCAGUGGCAUGAGUCAUGCGUCCAGCUCCAUGCAAGCACAGACGUGUUUAAUUAGUAUUUCGUUUUUCAUACGAAAGUCUCGAUAAAAUUUGUCAAUUCGCGCAAUUCGUCAUUAUUUGGUAAGCUUGCAGUCGGCGUAGCGCGGUUCUGUGACAUAAUAUUUGAUAAAAAUAUUGAAAUGUUUAAGCAUAAAACUCUAGCGACCAGCCAGUUAGAGCUUUAUGCAUUAUACAUACAUACAUAUACACUAGGGUCGUUAAAAAACGAAUAUCUUUUUCAGUUUGUGCUUUGAAAAAUGCUUCCUAGAUGCCUCUAAAAAAGUCUCGCCAAGUACCACCGCCUUGUAGUUUUCUAUUUUUUAUACCCUAUAUAGGGUUUAUUAAGUUUGCCAUGAAGUUAUGAAACCCAGAAGGAAACGUCAGAGACCCUAAAAAAUAUAUAUCUAACUGAUUAGAGUGACGAGCUGAGCCGAUUUAACCAUGUUCGACUAUCUGUCCGCGAACUAAUCCUUCAGUUUCUAAGUCCCUCAGUUUUUGAGAUAUCGCUCUGAAAUUUUGCACAAAUUCUUUUCUUCUCAAGAAGCUACUCAUUUGUUGGAGCGGCCGAUGUCGGUCUACUAUAACAUAUAGCUGCCAUACAAAUUGAGCGAUCGGAUUCAAGUAUUUGUAUAGGAAACUUUUUCAUUUGAAGAGAUGUCUGCUAAAAAUUUUACGUGGGUCACUGUUCAAGGCUAUUAUUAAAUCUCUGAAGAAAUUGUUCAUAUAGUAUAACUAUAGCAUAUAGCUGCCAUACAAACUGAACGAUCGGAAUCAAGUGUUUGUAUGGAAAAAUUUUUCAGUUUUCGAGGUAUCUUCACGAAAUUUUGCAUAGAUUACGGUUCGAACUAAUAAUAUAAUCGCUGAAGAAAUUGUUCAGAUCAGAUGACUAUAACAUAUAGCUGCCAUACAAACUGCGCAAUAGAAAUCAAGUGAUUGUAUGGCGAACUUUUUCAUUUGACGUGAUAUCUAGAAAAAAAUUUUAUGACUUAUUUUCCAAGGAAAAUAUGUUAGCUACGAAGAAAUUGUACAGAUCGGAUAGCUAUAGCAUAUGGCUGCCGUACAAACUGAGCGAUCAAAAUCAAGGAUUUUUUGAUAUUUGCAUUUGUGAGGGGUAUUAUAGCUUCGGUGCAACCGAAGUUAGCUUUUUUCUUGUUUAUUUUUUCAUAUUAUGAGUUUAUUUAUAACGGUGCAUCAGUUCAAUUCAAAUCUCGCUCGAACUACUUGAAAAAAUAUUUCGUUUCAUAGUUUUUGUAGGCAGUUGAAUGCUCUACAAAAAGGUCUUUUACGACUUUUUCGUAAAAUUACCCGAAGAGGAGUCUAAGGACUUAUUUAAAAAAAAAAAUUUUUUUUGGCUCACCCUAAUACACAAUUACAUACAUACAUACGAAUAUAUAUACAUAAACGCAUACAUUUGCUAUUUAUUGCGUUGGAGUAGUAUUCAAAAACUAUUGAAAAAAAUAUAUUUCAAAAUGUUAAUUUUUGACUUAUUGCAUUUAAAAUAAUUUAACUCAAAAAUAUUUCGUUUCAUAGUUUUUGUAGGCAGUUGAAUGCUCUAUGAAAAGGCCUUUUACGAUUUUUUAAGCGCAGAGACUUUCUUAGGGGGGUCUGGGAACAUAUUUUUCAAACAAAAAAAAUAUUUUUAGGCUCACCCUAAUAAUCAGAAUUCAAAAUCAAUUGAAAAAAAUAUAUUUGAAAAUGUUAAUUUUUGACUUCUUGCAUUUAAAAUCACUUAACUCAAAAUAGCAUGUAAUUAAAAGUAAAAAAAAUAUUUCGUUUUGCAGCAUUAGCAGCUCUUCUUUAUAGUCAAAUUAUUAAAUACUAUAAAUGUAUGUUGUUACAAACAUAUUUUUUAAUAUUUAUUAACAUUUUCUAAUAUUUUUUCAACCAAAAAAUUAAAAAAAAAAUCAUGAAAAGAAAACAUAUUUUAUGCAGCCAAAAGAACUAACUAAAAAUUAAGAUUUUAAACCGAACUUCAUUUAGAAUUUCAUGUCUAUAGAAUUUGUGUAAUACAUGCAUACAAAUAUAUUUUCUAUAUAUACAUAUUUAAUCGAUAUUAUUGUGCAUAAGACAAAUAUUGAUUGAUAAUAAAAAAUACACUGCGUGUUGAGGCGAAAAACUUGCGUGAUUAGCUGAGAGACAAGCACAACAGCACGAUAAUAACAAAAAGACAGAAGAGAAAAUGAAAUUUUCCAACAAAAUAGAAAAUUAAUAAAAUAAAAGGCAUACUUUAAGGCGUUGGCGCAUACAACACUCAGCUCUCCUCCGUCUUCAAGCAAAUCAACAACAUUUUUGUCUCUUUCUAGUCACGCAUAAGAGAGUAGUGCGUAAUAAAACAAUUAAAUAA